CCUCUCUCCUCUCAAAAAAAUUGUUAAUUAUGAAUCAAUGAUUAAUUUUGUCUAAUCUCUUCUAAACCAUCUCUUAACCAGCCUAACAAUGGCUACUACUAAUCUUCAUUCUUAACUUAGUUAGCCAACCCUUCACUUGUUUUCUUUAUCACCUUCCGUUAAGGGCAAGGGCAGGAUGGCCACCUCUCCUUUCCCUCUCUUUAUCACUAUUGGCCUCCAUCUCCUCUUCUUCACCGCCUUCUCUGCCGCCACCACUUCCUCUACUGGUAUCCGCCUCGGCAUUAUUCGCAAACCUUCUUCCCAACCCCAUCUCUCCACCUUCCGUGAAGCCCCUGCUUUUCGCAAUGGUGACUCCUGUGAUACCCAAAAGAUCCAUGUCACCAUGACUCUUGAUGCUAAUUAUCUCCGCGGCACAAUGGCCGCUGUUCUUUCCAUUCUCCAGCACUCCACCUGUCCUGAGAAUUUUGAGUUUCAUUUUUUGUGGGCGCAUUUCGAACCUGACGUCUCUGCUAGCAUCAACUCUGCCUUUCCUUAUCUCAAUUUCCACGUCUACAAGUUUGACUCCAAUAGAGUUCGUGGCAAAAUAUCAAAAUCAAUCAGGCAAGCACUGGACCAACCCUUGAAUUAUGCUCGUAUAUAUCUAGCUGAUAUAAUCCCCGCAGAUGUAAAACGUGUCAUAUAUUUGGAUUCAGACCUUGUUGUAGUUGAUGAUGUUGCCAAACUGUGGGAGGUUGAUUUAGAAGGAAAAGUACUGGCAGCACCAGAGUAUUGUCAUGCAAAUUUUACAAAUUACUUCACAGAAUUGUUUUGGUCUGACAAAUCUAUGGCAAAAACAUUUGACGGAAGACAACCUUGUUACUUUAAUACUGGAGUAAUGGUUGUGGAUGUUGAUAAGUGGAGACAAGGUGGAUAUACACGGAAAGUUGAAGAAUGGAUGAGUGUUCAAAAGCAGAAAAGAAUAUAUCAUUUGGGUUCUUUGCCACCAUUUUUGUUAGUUUUGGCUGGGAAUAUUAAGGGUGUGGAUCAUAGGUGGAACCAGCAUGGUUUAGGUGGUGAUAAUAUUGAAGGUAAAUGUAGAAGCUUGCAUCCUGGGCCUAUUAGUCUUCUUCAUUGGAGUGGAAAGGGUAAGCCUUGGCUUAGACUUGACUCCAGGAAGCCAUGCACUGUUGAUCAUCUUUGGACUCCAUAUGAUCUUUAUCGUCCAUCAAUACAUUCUCUCGAAGAAUGAUCAUCAACCUUUUUGGAUAAAUGGGUUCGUGGGUAUG